AAUUCGGCGGGUCUUCGAUUGGUAAUGGUACGAGAAUUCGAUCUGUGUCCGAAUUUAAGAUCCGAUAUUAUAGAAAUCAGCCAAACUCCGGCUAUCGAGAGUUCAAGUUGUGAUUAUUGAUGGGUCGUGCUCGAACUCGUGCCGGUUUUGUCUCCGUCGCUUUCGAAUUCCUCCGGUCUCUGUUCCCUCGCAACUUCCGUGCUAACAACAUGAAGAUAAAAACAGGAAAGUUUUUGGGGGUAUCGAUAUCACUGAUUCUCAUAAACUUAGCUGCGAUAAUGGAGCGAGCAGACGAGAAUCUGUUGCCUUCAGUUUACAAAGAAGUGAGUGAAGCAUUCAACGCAGGACCAUCAGAUUUAGGCUACUUAACAUUCGUAAGAAACUUUGUUCAAGGACUCGCAUCGCCAUUAGCAGGUGUUCUUGUCAUCACCUAUGAUCGUCCAAUUGUUCUUGCAAUAGGUACUCUCUGUUGGGCCUUGUCUACUGCUGCCGUUGGAGCCAGCAAAUACUUCUUUCAGGUUGCUUUAUGGAGAGCAGUGAAUGGGUUUGGAUUGGCGAUUGUAAUACCGGCGCUUCAAUCUUUUAUAGCAGAUAGUUACAAAGAUGGCACGAGAGGAGCUGGUUUCGGUUUGUUGAAUCUCAUUGGUACAAUCGGUGGUAUAGGAGGUGGUGUUGUAGCAACGGUCAUGGCCGGUUCAGAGUUUUGGGGUAUACCGGGAUGGCGUUGUGCUUUCAUAAUGAUGGCAACGCUUAGUGCAGUCAUCGGUCUACUAGUUUUUCUCUUCGUCGUUGACCCUAGGAUGAACAUUCAACGAGAGGAACUGAUGGUUCACAAGACGAACUCGACAUCGGUUUGGAAUGAUUCAUGGGCAGCUACAAAAUCUGUGAUUAAAGUGCGGACCUUUCAAAUCAUAGUCGUGCAAGGAAUUGUUGGUUCGUUACCGUGGACCGCAAUGGUCUUCUUCACAAUGUGGUUUGAGCUUAUUGGUUUUGAUCAUAACCAGACGGCGGCUUUGCUUGGAGUGUUUGCAACCGGAGGAGCGAUAGGAACGUUAAUGGGAGGAAUAAUUGCUGAUAAAAUGUCACGGAUUUUUCCUAAUUCAGGUAGAGUGAUGUGUGCGCAAUUCAGUGCAUUCAUGGGAAUCCCAUUCUCCAUUAUUCUUCUGAAAGCAAUCCCACAGAGCACAGACAGCUACUCAAUCUUCUCAAUAACUCUCUUCUUGAUGGGUCUUACCAUAACUUGGUGUGGCUCAGCAGUUAACGCACCAAUGUUUGCUGAAGUUGUUCCUCCUAAGCACCGUACUAUGAUCUACGCGUUUGACCGUGCUUUCGAAGGGUCUUUCUCGUCUUUCGCAGCGCCUUUGGUUGGGAUCUUGUCUGAGAAGAUGUUUGGGUAUGACUCUAAAGGUAUUGAUCCUUUGAAAGGCUCCUCUGUUCGUGAGGCUGAUGCGCUUUCCAAGGGGCUUUUGUCGAUGAUGGCUCUUCCGUUUGGGCUCUGUUGUCUCUGUUACACUCCAUUGCAUUUUGUUUUUCAGAAAGAUCGAGAAAACGCCAAAACUGCGACUUCUAAAGAAACUGAAAUGGCCUGAGAGACUUGAAUUGUCUGAUUCUUUUAAUACCACAUACAAUUUCGAAACCACUUUGAGUAAACCAGAGCUUAACUUAUAUAAACCAAAUUAACAACAAACACUUCAAACGGAGACAAAUAUCAAACCGAAUUGGAAAC